UUCAAUAUGAUCAUGGCUGAUCAUCCAACUCAGUAUCCUGUACCUGCCUUCUCUCCAUACUUAAAUCCUUUUGCUAUGAAUGCUAACAUACCAUUCGCUUUCUUCACUGCCUGCUGCACCUGCAUGCCUAUUUUCAAUGACUGGUGUACCAUGACACCCAGGUCUCGUUGCAUCUCCCCUUUUCCUAAUCGGCCACCAGCCGGGAAGCUGGGAAGAAACUGUCCUUGUAUCUGGAUCACACAGGGAGUAUUUCAUUCACCCCUGCUCCCUCUCUCUCUCUCCCUCUCCCUCUCUCUCUGAUCAACGUGCCGUUGUGUUUUGUGAUCAGCUGAGCCGAGCUUUCCCCGCCUCCUGUGACGCGGGCGAGAGCAGUGAUCUGGGCGGCGGCGGCAGCAACAGCGGCUCAGACUCCCCGCUGGCUACGGAGAGAGGCGCUGCUCCGUCCCGAUGGCGGACUGUCGGCUCACCGCGCUCCUCGUUUACCUCUUCGUGUUAACAGGCGGGUCGCAGGGAUUUACCGUCGAGCCGGACAAGAGCAACUUAUAUGUCUCCAUCGGGGGAGACGCGGUGUUCACGGUGCGGCCGUCUAGUGCUAUCGGCAGCGGAAACUGGGUUUUCAAAUCGAAAACGAUCGUCCAGUGGCUCGGAACAAACACGGACAUCCCUCCUGUUGAGUACAAGUCACGGGUGGAUAUAAACGUCACCACCGGGUCGCUGGUGCUGAGGUCGGUGAACGAGUCGGACAACGGGGUUUACACAGUGUCAGUCGCUGCAGUUGGCGGCGCCCCUCAAGACACAGCGACAAUCACACUGCAGGCACUCGAACCGGUGGCGAAUGUCGAUCUGCGAUCCAACAAUCCCGAGCCGGUGGAACAGCGAGACCCCGUCGUGUUGACCUGCAACUCCCGGGGAACUCAAGUGAAGCGGGAAUGGUUAUUGAACCAUCAACCCAUCCAGCAGAAUGACAGGAUAACUAUAUCGGGAAACACUCUGAUCAUUGCCCCAGUAAACAGGGCCGAUGCAGGGAUGUAUAAAUGCAUCGUAAGGAAUGGAGUGAACAGCGGCAGCGAUGAGACCUACCUGGUGGUUUUAUAUGGGCCGGACAAUAUGGAAAUUACCCCCCAGAGUCCAGUAACAAUAACGAAUGGAGAAAAUCUAACGUUGACCUGUUCGGCCCAGUCCGUGCCCAGCCCUGUGUAUGAGUGGUUCAAUGGGGCAGAGAGACUGAGUACAGGUCCAGUAUUCACCAUCCCCUCAGUAAGGAUGGAGCACGCUGGGAAGUACACAUGCCAUGCCAAUAAUGCCAGGACUGGCAUAAACAUCAGCCUCACUGUAAAUGUCGACGUGCAAAGCGAGACCAUUGUUCUAUACGGUGGUCUGGGAGCUGGAGGGAUCGUUGGGAUUGCGUGUGGAGUGGUUCUUGCUGCAAUCCUGCUCUGUGUUUUAAUCUGGUAUUUUAGAAAGAAAUAUAUGAACAGGCCGAAUGCCGAACCUGGGACGAAAUACGAAGCGAACAGGAGUCCAACGGGACAGACUGCCUCGGCCACAGAUGCCGAGGACGGAAUGGCAAACUAUGAGAAUAUCCCGGGUAAAGAUCAGGGAGCCACUCACGCACCAGAGGGAGACCCCACCUAUAUGGUAAGUCCAUUAUUGUUGUUGAUUUCGUUUGAAGUAAAUGAUCCCGGUCAAAGGCGGCUCGGUGGCGCAGCGGGUAGUGUUGCUGCCUCACAGCGCCAGACACACGGGUUCCAUCCGAACUGUGUAUCAAGGAACUGCAGAUGCUGGUUUAAACCAAAGAUGGACGUAAAAUGCUGAAGAAAGCUCUCGCCCGAAAUGUCCCCAUGCCUUCUCACCACAGAGAUGCUGCCUGCCUGACCCGCUGAGUUACUCCAGCACUUUGUACCUGUCCACGUUCUCCACAGAGAUGCUGCCUGCCUGACCCGCUGAGUUACUACAGCACUUUGUACCUGUACGGCAGAUUGGGUGGAAGGUGUUUGCCUUGCCCCAUAGUCUAGCCCUCUCCAUAUUUGUCUGUAACGAUGUGUUCA